CCUCAUUCAACGGUGGAUUGUUUCACAAGCAAAGCACAAUCCUCUCCUUUCAUCUUUCUAGACGCUAAAAAGAAGAAGCAUCUUCACAUUCUCCCAUAAUUCUCUUUUUAUCUCCACAAUUAAACUUAAUCUAAUAAAGUAACAAUGAAACUGAUUGAUUGUUUGUACUGCUUUGAACAACCAUAUAUCUCAAUUCGCUCCGCUCUCAUGUUCGUAAUGGCUUCACUAGAGGUUUCUCGUUGUAAUUAACUGUUAUUCGCGUAAAAGAAAUUAACCCUAUAUCUCAAUUGAUCUUAUUACAAAAAGAAACUUUCGAUUGUUGAUGGCAAUGAGGGAAGGCAUAAGAUCAGCUGCAGAGGCAUCUUGCAAUGGGAUCGUUCGCCGGAUGGUAAGCCUUCCGAGCAGCCUUAUGGGAGGAUUUUCCAGAGCAAUGGGGCACGGCAGACACCUUAUAGGAAUAGGAUCAGGAAGAAGAACUCAAACCCUACCAUCAAACUUUCCAAUGCAUUAUCCAGAAGAGCCUCUAAUCCUUCCAGAAGUAUCGGUCUCUUUUCUAACUAGCUUCGAGCAGCAGUAUGGCACCAUGCAUCCAUUCUUUUACGCAUGCCGGUUUAUGGAAACCCUAAAGAUUGCUGAGGAUGAGCACAAGUUCUUGUUCUUGUAUCUCCACUCACCGGAACACCCUUUCACACCUUCUUUCUGUAGGGAGACGCUGUCUUCUGAGGCGGUGGUGCAGUUUCUUGAUGCUAACUUUGUUUCCUGGGGAGCAAUUGCAGAUAGAGAUGAAGGUCUACAAAUGAGUGCAACUCUUCGCCCGGCUUGCUUUCCAUUCUGUGCUGUUAUAGCUCCUGUUGCUGGUGAUAACAUAGCAGUGAUGCAGCAGAUGGAAGGGCCAAUUUCCCCAACCGAGCUGGUGGGGAUUCUGCAGCGGACGCUGGAGGAACAAGGGCUGGCGUUUCGCAGUUUGAAGGCCAAGAAGGCAGAAAAAAUAAUAGCAGACCGCCGUCUGAGGGAAGAACAAGAUGCAGCAUAUCUUGCAGCUAUACAAAUAGACAAGCAAAAGGAGAGACUAAAGAAUGUACCUCCACCUGUUCGACCUCAAAAACCAGCAGAAGCCCCAAACAAAGCAAAUCAUGAGAGGCUUCAAAACCAUUCUGCCCAAAAACAGCAUGGAAAAACUAGAGAGGCUUCCAUUGAUCCUCAAGAUCCUCAGGCUGCCCGGAUACUGAUCAGAUUUCCGAAUGGCGAAAGACGAGAGCAAUGCUUCUUGUGCACAGACAAACUGCAAGCGGUUUACAGAUACAUAGAUUCAUUGGGUGUUCCUGGUAUAGGAGGAAACUACAGAUUGGUGUCAAGCUUCCCAAGAAAAGUGUAUGGAGUUGAUCAAAUGGGGAUCACACUCAAGGAUGCUGGCCUGCAUCCUAGAGCAAGCCUAUUUCUUGAAUUGGCCCCAACUGUUUAAAACAUUCUACAAUAUUAUUUAACGUUUUGAAAAUUA